UCUUUGUGUGUGUUCUGCAUUCUACUAACUGCGCUGUAAAAGAGCAGCAGAUCAGAAUCAAGUAUAUGAACAUUUACACAUUUUCUGCAUCAUCAGAUGAACAUUCCAGCAACAUUGUGACGGUUGUACAGCUGCGCUUCAUUUGCAAUAUCAGUGAGGUACAAAAGCCAUGAUACAGAGAUACAAUUUAAAUUCUAAUAUGCAAAGAAAAAAAAUCAUGUGCAAGUCCAGCCGUUUGUAAAAAGAAAUCCUGAACAUAACCCGCUCCUGUUCAGGUUAAAUUACCACCAUUUUUUAGUCAGGUAGAAAGAGAGCCACUUUCAUGACAAACAACUUAAAACAAGACUUUCUUGCUAACCUAGUAAUCUAGCUUAAUGACACACCCCUCUUGGUUUCUUCUUCCAAGCACAGGAAUGACCAGUGUUGAACAUCAGAAAGAAUGCAAGUUUAAGAUAUUAAACUAGUUCUCUUUUCAGACCCAGAAGUUACUGCAUUUUUUCCCAUCCACACAAAAACAUGGUAUGCAUUUUGCUCAAAGAACCAUUAUAUACAACCUUUUGCCCGACUGUGGGCCUUUGUCAAUACAGUUUGUUUAUAAAACAAAAAAGGAAAAUCAGACUUGGGUGUGAUAUGGAUCAUGUCUAGUUAUGAAACAAAAACAUGUUCUUGGUUGAUGGCCUUGAAAAUGGGUCACUGUACCGUUUUAUACAUGCUGUAGUAUAUGUUCUUUACCUGUCAAGUCCUGUGUAUCCUUUUCCCCCCUGCUGCUUCAAUUUCAUUGCUUCACAAUGUGUGAUGAAAACAAAACAUGACACCUUUCCAACAAAACAGUUGAAUGUGGCUAGCUGCAGCCUGCCUACCUGGUUGAAGAAGCAACCUGAUUGGCAGCCCUGGAGUUCACGCUCCACACCUUUUGCAUAAAUGGGUCACGAGACUUCCAAGAUUUGCAUAAGACAGGAAGGAACAAGCAGCGGGAAUGUUUCCUGUUUGCCACAAAACAGGUUUGUGCUGAGGCUGAGCAGCUUUAAGCGAAGGUUAUGCUUCAACCCACCUGUAGAGAUCCUCCGUUUUCACUUGUUUCAGUGUGAAAAAUAAAAGAACACAUGAAUACUUCUACCGAGAAGCGUUUGCCAUAUUAAGGAGGCCAAAGACACUUUUAAUUGGUAAAAUAAAAUUAAAAAAAUGGACCCUUAUAAAGGGCCUUGUCCCCAUCAUAGCAUUCCUGUUGAAAUGGGUGAGACUCUGGACUUGGAACGGCUCCCCCCAUGUGAACAGUGUAACGCACACACAGAGACCGUCAAAAGGCUAGAGGCCCGUGAAUUUGAGCCUCCACAGCGGGCAGCAAAACAAGUGGGCUUGAGUAAAUUCCCUGAGAACCAGUAUAAGCACCAGUUUCGCAUUAACUCUCCAGCAGCACCACUCUCGGGACACGUGAAUGCCCCAUUCAUGGAAGAUUUUUGGCAUGUUAGCCUAAGACAGAAAGUGCAGUAUAAGCAAGACCCCAUAGGCCCUUCAAGCCAGCACCGGAGCCACUCUGUGGACGAUGCAGAGUACUUGGAGCCCCCCCAACCGCUCAAAUCGGACUUCAACAGCAUCAACUAUGUUAAAAUGCCAAUUCCACAUAUGCCAUGCCACAUGCCAAUGCAGGGAAGCUGUCUGAAACAGCGCGCGUGCUGGCCUCCAGCAAACCUGCGCGGACGCGAUAAUUAUUGUCAUCAAGACCCGGGUUACCCAGCAGCCCGACACCAGGAGCCUCAACCUCACCAGAAAAUGAAUCUCUCUCAAAAUGGGCAGCAACUUAAAGGUGCUCUUAAUGGUCACUGUGGUUCUGCGCCUCCCUAUGCAACACCUCCUCUAGACGUGAUGCAUGAGGUCAGCGUGGGUUGCUCCGACCUUGCAGGCGCAGGAUCGGGCACGAAGGAGAUCAGGAGGACCAUCAGUCUUCCCGAGGAGUGCAGAAGAGUUUUUAUCACAUAUUCAGUGGACAUAGCCAAGGAAAUGUUCAUGUUUGUUAAAUUUCUCGUGGACCAAGGCUUUAGACCCUCACUCGACAUGUUUGACAGUUCAAUCCGAAGCAUGGGUAUCAACCAAUGGAUGGACCGUUUUCUGAAUGAUAAAUCAGUGCUGAUCAUUGUGGCCAUCAGCCCCAAGUACAAAGCGGAUGUGGAAGGAGAUGGAGUCGAUGAGCAUGGCCUGCACACAAAGUACAUCCACAACCAGAUUCAAAAUGAGUACAUCCAGCAAGGCUGCCUGAACUUCAGACUGGUUCCUGUGAUGUUUCCCAAUGCAGCCAAGGCUCAUGUACCCAGCUGGCUUCAGAGUACCAGAAUCUACCGUUGGCCCCAGGACACCCAGGAUUUGCUUCUGCGUCUCUUGAGGGAGGAGCGCUACAUCAUCCCACACCGGAGUGCUGACCUCACCCUCACGUUCCGUCCUGUCUGAGAGCAGUAAAAAGAGGACUGGGACAAAAUAUGUGGCAUAGUUAAAAUUGUUUACUUUACCCCAGAUUUACUGAUCUUUUACAGUGUUCAGUUAUAAACAAUCAAUGAAGUUGAAGUUUAAUCUAACUUUUACAAGUAGAUUAAACGUACUUGUUUAUUUCCGACAAAUCUGCUUUUACACUGGCCAAUCAGAGCUUUGUAGGUUUCAUUUUGGUUUCUUAUUCUUUCCUUAAUAUACACUUCAAAUGAAUUUAACCAAUAUUUGUCUACAAGAAGGCAGAAAGGCUUUUUUCUAGCUUAUUAUAUUAGAAACAUUAGUACAUAUCUGAAGUUGUGAUUUUGUGCAUGUGAAAGAUCUGGCUUAGUCUUCACCAACACUUACAAAUAUCUGGAUAUUCAGCCACAUAAUUAUUUAUCUAAUCUAUUUUUUUCCUAACAGUGUACAGUUAAGUGCUGGGCAGGUACAGUGCUUUAAGAGUAAUCUCAAAACUGAGAAGCAUUAGUAUAUUUUGAGAAGUGUGUUUAUUUUUAAUAUCUUUCAGCUCACAAGGCAACGCAGGCCACUACUACUACUAAUGAUAAAAAAAACUAUAUAGAGAUAGAGAGAUAUAGAAAAUCAACCAAAAAAGGAGUACUAAGUAGGACUGUAAAAAAACAAACAAAAAGAACAUUCUGGAUGUAAAAUUGCAAAGCAUUUAGAGAAUUCAUGAUCUAGAGUAAAUAAGUAUCACUAACAUAUUUCUGUACAUAAUAGAAAAAGCUGAAAAUUGAUAUUGAGCGGCUAUGAUUUUCAAGACGUGAUUCAGCGGUAGACUGCAUGGGCUAAGGAUUUGUUCUGAAAGAGUCCGUGGAUGUGAUAUCUGACUGCAUUUACAAAUGCACGUUCAAAAACCACGCAAACGCACAGACCACCACUAUGAUCCAGGAAUACUUCUACCCUCUGGAGUAAAGAUGAGAGUGAAUAUCCUGCUUGUUAUCAGCAUGCAGUUCAAAUGCCAGCACGUAUGAUGGUAUGGAGGGCAUUGGUCCGCAUAGCACCAGUGCCUGAACUGUUGAGCAGUUGAAAUCCUUCAUUAAGCAAAGAUUGUAAAAUAUUUUGCUUUCACAGCAACAUGUACUCCUGGGUCUCCCCCAGUAAACACAGUGUGUUGUUUUUAGAAAUGUACAGUAAAAAAAAUUCUGUUUCAAUA